CGGAAAGUGCCGCGCGGACUUCAGGCUGAUAGGAGCGUCUCUCGUCCUCGCUGUUUGCCGCUUCUCUCGUGGAGUUGUGAGGAGCUUUCUGGCCGUCCCCACUGGCCACCAUGUCCGCCCAGGCGCAGAUGCGGGCCCUGUUGGACCAGCUCAUGGGCACGGCUCGGGACGGUUCAGUGUAUCUUUGCCUGCCUACAUCAAUCUGCAAGGGAGUUGCAGAAAAGCCUCAUGUUCAUCGAGCCGAGAUGAAACCAGACAGAGGGUCAAGUUUACAGAUGACCGUGUCUGCAAGAGUCACCUUCUGGACUGCUGCCCUCAUGACAUCCUCGCUGGGACGCGCAUGGAUUUAGGAGAAUGUACCAAAAUCCACGACUUGGCCCUUCGAGCAGAUUAUGAAAUUGCAAGUAAAGAAAGAGACCUGUUUUUUGAAUUAGAUGCUAUGGAUCACUUGGAGUCCUUCAUUGCAGAGUGUGAUCGGAGAACUGAACUUGCCAAGAAGCGGCUGGCUGAAACGCAGGAGGAAAUAAGUGCAGAGGUUUCUGCCAAGGCAGAAAAGGUACAUGAAUUAAAUGAAGAAAUAGGAAAACUUCUUGCUAAAGCUGAGCAGCUAGGAGCUGAAGGAAAUGUGGAUGAAUCCCAGAAGAUUCUUAUGGAAGUGGAGAAAGUUCGAGCAAAGAAAAAAGAAGCAGAGGAAGAAUAUAGAAAUUCCAUGCCUGCAUCCAGUUUUCAACAGCAGAAACUCCGUGUUUGCGAGGUUUGUUCGGCUUAUCUUGGCCUCCAUGACAAUGACCGUCGUCUUGCAGACCACUUCGGGGGCAAGUUACACUUGGGGUUCAUUCAGAUUCGAGAAAAGCUUGAUCAGUUGAGGAAAACUGUGGCUGAAAAACAGGAAAAAAGAAAUCAGGAUCGAUUGAGGAGAAGAGAGGAGAGAGAGCGAGAAGAGCGCCUGGGCAGGAGGUCUGGAUCAAGAACCCGAGAUCGUAGGAGGUCACGCUCCCGGGAUCGUCGACGGAGGCGGUCUAGGUCUACCUCCAGAGAACGGCGGAAGUUUUCCCGUUCCAGGUCCCGAGAUAGAUACCGGCGCCAUCGCAGCCGUUCCCGGAGCCACAGCAGGGGUCACCGCCGGGCUUCCAGGGACCGGAGUACAAAAUACAAGUUCUCCAGGGAGCGCUCAUUGAGAGAGGAAUCCUGGGAGUACGGGCGGAAUGAACGAGGGCCCACUGACUGGAGGCUGGAGAAUUCCAAUGGCAAGACUGCAUCGCGGAGGUCGGAGGAGAAGGAGGCUGGCGAGAUCUGAAUCUGGCUCAGGCACUGUAAAUAGUCUGACAAGUGUUCAGCACAGCCUAAAUUACCCUUUAUAUUUGCUGAUACAACUCAUCUUUUGUAGUUACAAUUUCUAUUGUUUGGUUCUAGUUGUGAGUGUCUAGAGUUGUUCAGAGCUGCUUCUGUGUUUGGGGUUAUGUUGUGUAGGAACAAAUCAAUCUGGCAGCCACCUCCUGACAGCUGUGCUGGCGUGUCUGCUGUCCCCUUCACUAGGACCCAGCAUCUGUGGAGAGAGCAAAGGCUACUGCUGCCAUUAUCUUAGAAAACUGACCAAAUGUCUGACCACCUUAACUUUUGGCACUCCCAACACCUUAACUUUUGGCACUCCCAACACACUUAACUGAGCCAGAUGUGUGUGGCUUCCCUUCCCUGGUUCACAUUCUGCAUCUUAGCUGCUCAUGUACUCUCUUCAGUGCAGACCAUAGAGCAGGUUCUGUGGAUGGGAGGGGGCGGCCUUAUUAUACAGUUAUUUCCUUAGGAAGAGCUGUAUCUGUUGAAACCUUAGCUCAGGUCAGCUACAUUGCAGUUCCACUUUGUUACUUAGUUGGAAUAAAGACAUAAAUGGCCCCUAUCUGCCAAUCAAGAAGUUCUUGAGGGAGAGUUACAGCUUAGGUCAUGUAUCCUGAGUGGUUUAUACCCAAGAUAGGCUCAUUGUUGCUCCCUGAGCAUAUGUUGUUGCUCACAAUGGACCAAUGCCUUAAGACCAAAGUGAAGCCCAAAUAGAAAGGGUCACUGAAUUGCUUCCCUUCACUUGUCUUGGGGAGGGAGAUGUUAUAGUUUGUUUUUGGAGGGAACUUUAGUUGGUGGUGUUAAACGAAAAAGCCCCCCCGCCCCCGCCCCAUUUCUCCAUGCUGUGCUUGUAAAAACUUAGGUGCUGUUCUUGAGCUGUUGGUUUGAUGGUUACACAUAGAAUCUUGUGGUUUUGUAAUGUGGCUCCUGGUGAUGCCCUGGACUCCCAUCUAUAGGAGGAUGUGUGUGGGUACCUGCUCUGCUGAUAUGUGAAAACAGGCUUUCCUUGAUCACUUGUCCCCAUAUGCAAGGAGGUAGGGUGGAAUAUCCCCGAAGGAUUCACAGGUGCCAUGUGUAGGUUUCAUUCAUCUCUAGCCCCUUGGCCUCCAGGUGGGGCUCAGUUUAGCUCUGCUGUCUUCCUGGAAUAAGGUGUGUGCCUGGGCUUCUUGGUCCCAGGUAGACAUUUUGACUAGCUGUGACCACUUAUGCUGGGUACAUUUUGGUUCCUGGACUAUUUUGGGUCUUUACUGGACAGUCGUAACCUUAGAGCCAACAUCAGCAUGUCUGGUUUGGAUCCCUUUCUAUCUGAAUAUAAAUGUGUGUAUGGAGAAACAGCUGUUUUCCUUUAUUUUGUCACAGAGUAAAGUUACUGGGAACAUUUCUAUGCCAUGGCCUGUAGUCCCCACAGGAUAAUCCUGGGCUCACAUGGUCUAUAACUACAAUUACUUGGGUAUAGUAGGCAGGACCCCUGCUUAGGUAGCAUCUUUUUGAGUGGUCAGGUUCCUUGGGGCUGCAGAAAGGUCACUUUCCUCAGUCUCUUGUGGAGGGUGAUUUUUACAAGGAUGUUGUGGCAAAAGUUUUUUUUGUUGUUGUUUUUUUGAACUUUUUCUUGAAGGACAGUCUUGCCUGGGCAGACUUGGAUUUCAGGACUAAAGGCACUUUUGUCUCAGUCCCAAGUGGCUGUUACUAACAACUUCCCAACACGCCUAGAUGCUUUGUUUUGUUUUAUUUUCUUGGGAUUUUUUUUUUUUUUGUUGUUGUUGUUGUUUUGAGACGGAGUUCUCCUGAACUUGCUGUGUAGAACCAGCUGGCCUCAAACUCAGAGAUCCACCUCACUCUGCCUCCUGAUAUUUUGUUAACUUUCCUUAGUUGGAGUUUCCUGUAACUCAGGUGGACAUAGAUAACCAGAGAUGUGUUUGUGGUGGUGGCGGUGGCUUUGGCCAUUAUAUAAGAAAUCAUAGGAUCUGCCUGAGGGCCUGGGACAGGUACUGAGCAAGACUUCCAGAGCAAGCCUCCAAGCUGAAGACCUGGGAGAGCCAGUAGUUUUCAAAAACCUAGUAACCAGUCACCUAGGGGCCAGGGCACAGAGGUGGAUGUCCAGAUCAGAAGGUAGAUAUACCCUUUCUAGACCCUCUUGUUCUUUCUAGGCCUUUGUGUUGUCCAGUGCACUGAGUGAAGAAGUCAGUUCUGGCUGGUGAUUCUAAUGCUUCUCUCAAAUCCACACUGCUUUCUCCAUGACAUACAUGUGCUCUGGAAGAUGACUUAAGGACUUCUUUUACUUGGUCAUACAGGACAUAGUUUUACUUGUGUUGAGUAGUUGAUGAUAGGAAUGCAGGAUAUAUUCCUAUAUCUAGAAUAUAGCAAAUGGGGGAAGCAAUUUAAAUUAGGUUUCUACAAUGACUGUGAUUGAUUAUUAGGCCAGAAUAAGACGUUACUUUCCCUCUGAAACCAGAGGAAAACAGGGUUGGAUAACUCCACAUCCCCUUGUCUGGGCCUGUAGACCCAAUUCCUACCUUUUGUCUGGAGUCAGCCAACAUUGUGCUUUUAGCACAAGCCUUCCUGAUACUGGAAGUUAUUUUUGUCUUGUCUCAUGUAGGUCAGCUUUGUGCCAGUAGGAGGCAUUGUCCUAGUUUUGGAGACUGUCUUUAGAUGUUUAGGAGAGAGGUGGUCUAUCAGUGAAGUAGGCCCAGCCCAUCCAUAUGGAUCUGAAAAUGGUCAGGAGGAUGAACAUGAAGCAUCCCUAGAGAAGUCUGAUCAAGCAAGACUACUCCUGCACUUGGAGGACCUGGAGUGCUGGCCCAUUGCUUUCUGAGGGACACAGCUGCAGUGUCUGCUCAGGGUAGCCAAAUCCAGCCUCGGUAUUUGUGGUGAAUAACCCUAGACCUUGGAGACCUCUUGAAUCUCCCAAUGUCCCAUGGUCAUUGUAACAGGUAAAAGUCUGAGUCUUUACUUGGAGAAUCUGUGACACUUGGAACUUGGCUCAUUGCAUUGAAAGAGUAUAGUAUUCAGACGUGAGAGGAGAUGUUGUGCUUCUUGGAGGACCCAUCCCCAGUUCAGCAGUACUUGGAAGUCAGUACUUGAGUCAUGUGGCUCAGGAAUGUCACUGUCUGUCAGGGCCUGCAUGGUAGGACAGAAGUAUCCAGAGUGGAGCCAGGUGAAGAUUAACAAGCUAACAAAUUGUUCAGGAAGCUCUGGGAAAGCUUGUUUAUCUUGAUGGGGGCCCCAACAGCAGGAUCCCUUGUCAGCUGCUUGGCUUUACUCUGCAGUCUGCUCCUAGAAUGUGUGAGCUGUUCUUUUUUCCAAAGUUAGCUGUGGCCUGGGAGCUUUCAGCUUACCUGGACUCUAAAGCCUCACAUUUUUUAUACAUGGCAUGCACUAUUAGAAUACACUGAAUUUUAGUGUGUACUUUGUCAGUGUCUUCUACCUACUGAGUUCUUAACACACUUCCUUGGGUCUAAAUUUAAAUUUACUGGUAAAGUGAAAGUAAUUCUCAAGAUACUGUUGUUAGGUCUGUGACUCCUAGCACAUGUUUUAGAACAGCGAUAUUUAUAGACUGCAGUGAUAUAUUCCAGUGAUAGCCAAAUGCAACAAAGCUUCUUAUUACAAACUACCAUUAUAGCCACUUCAGAUGUGUAUAAGUCAGUGACAUUUAUGUGUCCAGUGUUGUACAGUCAUCACUGAUACCAAGUUGCAGGAUAUUUGAUCCAGACCAACUUCUGCCCGGUAGUUGGAACUGUCCAGCUUCUUCCUGAACCCCCUGGCAACCAGAAACCCAUUUUCUGUCUAUAGUUUGCUCAUUUGGAUAUUUCACAAACGUGGAUUCAUGCACUGGAUGUCUUUUGGUGUGUUGGCUUCUUCCACUCAAGGUUUCUAGAAAAUUCAGCUGUGUGAUGUAAUCUCAUUACUUUUUAUAGGUAAAAUAUACUCCAUUGUGAGUGUAAGCUACAUGUGACUCACUAUGAUGGUUAACCUGCUAAACUCGAUGGGCUUAGAAUCAGCACAAAAAUACACCCCUGUGUGUGUCAAUGCAGGUGUUUCCAGGGGUUUCAGAGAGAGACCCACCCAGAAUGUGGGCUGCACCAUCCUAUAUGCUGGGAUCCUAGACUGAAUAAAAAGGAGGGCAAGAGCUGAGCGCUAGCCAUAUCUUGGCUUCCUGACUGUAGAUGCAAUGUGACCAGCUGCCUUAAGUUCCUACAACCAUGACUUCCCACCACAAGGACUGUACCCUUAUACUGUGAGCCAAAUAAACCUUCCCUCGGUUGCU